AUGGUUGUAGGAUCUCCAGGGCAGAGCAGCAAGGAGGCCGUGAGGAGCACCACUGCUGCCACUGUUUCCAUCAGACAGCUGAGCUCAGAGGAUGCUGGAACAUAUCAGUGUGGAGAGGCUGGGAGCUGGAGUCAUCAGAUUAACCUCCGAGUGAUCAGAGAUCCGUGUUGUUUGGGGUCAAAGACUGUGGCUGGUUAUGUGGGAGAGACCGUCACCAUCAGCUGUUCUUAUCCAGAGGAGUUUGAGAGUCACACCAAGUACUUCUACAAACUUGAUGAUCAUCAUAUUCCUACAAUGAUGGACACCACAGAGACUCAGAGAGGCAGAUUCUCCAUCUCUGAGGACAGAAGAUUUAAAGUUCUCAGUGUGAGGAUCAGUGAUGUGAGAGAAGAUGAUGGAGGAGUUUAUUACUGUGGAGUGGGGAGAGAAGGAGAGUCAGUCAGUUAUCACUCCUUCUACACAGAGAUUCAGCUGCAGGUCACUGAUAGGACCUCAACAGAGACCUCAACACAGGCUACGUAUCCUGGUCCAUCUUUACCAGCAGGACUCUACCCUGCUGUGGGUUUCAGUGCUGCACUGCUUGGUUUUGCAUUGCUGCUGGUCAUUUGCUUGAAAAUAAAAAAAUCUUCACUGUCAGACUCUGUUUACACCAGACCACCAGCCAGCAGAACUACUGAUAAUGAGUAUGAAGAUGACCCAUCUGGAAACCCCAACAACAUCAGCAUGGGUCCAGUCCUCCAGAGCAUAGAUCCUAACACCAAACAAUUAGGUUCAGUCUACCAGAGUCUAAACCCCAACAUCAAACAAUUAGAUGCAGUCUAUGAGGGUCUAAACCCCAACACCAACCAAUCAGAUUCAGUUUAUCAAUGUGUAAAACACGAGUGCCAGCGACCGGGCUCCCACCUCGCCUGGAUCCGCCUGGACCUCCGGCCUCCAGGCUUCUCUAUGCCAUCCAGUCUGAACUUCAUCUCAGUGCAGCUCCAUCUCAGAUCAGCUCCUGCAGCCCAGCUCUGCAACUCCUUCUGA